UACUUUAUACUACUACAAUUGAGUACAAUUUACAACGUGAAGACAAAUGAAAUAUUUAUAUUAGAUAUUAUUUAAUGUUUAAUAAUAUUUCACUUAUACUUUAUUUGUAUUUAUUAUUUUAAUGUUUAAUAAUAAGAAGAAUAUGUAUAGUUUAAUUUAAAAGUUGUAUUCUAUAAUAAAUUGUCGAUAAUCUAUAGAAUUAUAGGCUCUACAAGCCAUGUUGACCGUUCGAAUUCCCAAGCGUAAUGUGCCUAAUGUAUUUAGUCGAUCCCUUGCCUCGGCAUAUGUUUGUCGUCAAGAAAGUCGCGCACAAUAUCCACCUAUUGUAGACGUUCAACCUGAGCCAACAUUGUUACGUCAAGAACUGAAAAACCAUGAAAAAAUUCGUAACCUCGGUACCAUUGAAGAAAAAUCCAUUGGCAUCAACAUGCCCAGAUAUUACGGCUGGCAGUCAUUAGUAGUAAAAGAAAAAAUACUUCCUUAUGAUUUUUUGCCGUUUGCUCAGACAGUAACAAAGACUAAAAUUUAUGAAGUAGACACUCUUCCUAAUCGACUUUCAAAUGAUGAUUGUCAACAAUUUAUCGACCGUAUAAAACCUCAACUAGAAGAUAGUUUGAUUUUUGAAUACAAUAGAAAUAGAAGCAAAGGUAAAGCAUUAAAUUCUGAUGAAAAUAUUGUUGAAUCCAAAUUAACAAAUGAAUUGGCUAAAAGUGUUGCAGAACAAGUAAAUCGUAUAUUCUUAGCCAAUUUGGCUGCUGAUUACCCACAUUUAUUUGAAGCUCAAAUUGAUUAUGAACCUCGGAUAGAAGGAUUUUGGAAUGUACACGGAUUUUCAGCCACUAAAGAAGAUGAAGAAAUGAGAAAGAAAAAGAAUGUACCCAAAGAGAAUUUAAAAAAUCCUGUUGAUAGAUGGAUUCAUUAUUUUGGUCAACCUACAAUACAAGUGCGACAUAAUUUACCUUUGCCCUCAGUUCCCUUAGAUAAAUGGACACUUACUACUCCUGAGUCUUCUGAUAUUGAUAUUCCAAAAACUGCAUUCAAAGAAAUUGGUAUUCCUAAUUAUGAUUAUGAUCCUACAAUUUACCAUAAAUUACCUUAUGAAAGGAGACAUGGUGUCAGUAUACCAGGUUUUUGGCCAAAUGAUCCUCAAAAAUUUGGUUUGUUGUCCAUUCACACAAAUGAAUACUUAGAGGAUAGACCACCAAAUUUUGGUGAAUUAGAACACCAAGAAGCUGUUCAUGCACAAUCUAUUCUAGCAUCGUUUGCUUGGUUAAUAGGUCAAGCCUCUUACCAAGGUUUUACAACUUGUAAUGAAAUUACAUAUCCGUUUGUUAAUCAAUCAAUUAUUACAAAUGGUAAAACAUGGUCAUUUUAUAUGUACCAAUUAAAUACUAUGCGGUUCUUUAAAAGUCAAGAUGACAUUAACAGACCAGUUGCUCCCAGUAAUAUUUGUUGGGGAACAAAACAAACGGAACUAUUUCAUGAUAUCACUGAUAAUAGCGUUAUUGGUUGGAACGAUAAUGUGUUAAAAGAUCUUUUGAGUUGUUAUGUAAAUGUUCCUAAAGCACGUGAUCAUGAAAUGUCUCCAUAUCUUAGUAAAGAACAAGUAGUGGCUAACAUAGACGAUGUUACAAGAAGGGUAUGGUUACAUGAUAGAUACAAAGUUUUAACAUCUCACAGACCUAGACAUCGUCUUGUACCUGAAAUUUAUGACUGGGAACGUAUUUAUAAGAUUGAUUAUGAGACCAGACCAUUUGAAGCAAAAAGACGUUUCUUUGAACUUGAGCAAGAUCCACUGAAUGAGAGAAGACUUGAUGAUCAUUAUGGACCUUAUAUACAACGUAAGGAUAGAGAUAAGGGCAGAAGAAUUAGGAAAAAACGAUUCAGAGACAUGUAUUAUCCAGAUGUUUAGUGUGCUAUUUUUUUUAUUGCUUUAAAUUACUCUUUAAGGUAUUUGUUAGAAGAAAUAUUAAAUAUAUUAAAUAAAAGUAUAAUAUAUUUAAAA